AUCAGGGUCUUCAGUCCGUCUCCUGGAUCAGGGCGAGACGAGUCCUGAUCUUUGCACAGGGAGAACAUGCAAACUCCACACAGCACAGCCAGUCCGCCUGACCGGCCUGUUCAGGUUAUUGGUCCAGUGUUCUGUAAAAAAUACAUGAAACAACAUUCUUCCUGUCUUCUUCACUCUUCCUGACCGCCGGCUGCUCUUCUGUGGUAACUGACAUUCCUGAUAUGGAGACGAGAACCAAACAGCAGAAAACAUCCUGGUGUGCCGUUCCGAAAAGGUCCCCCCACAACGCAGACGUGCUUCAAACUGGCACCGGGCGGGACCAGAGCGAUUCCUCCUGUCUGAGGCGCCGUGGAGGACGCGGUCCGUCCGUCCGUCCGUCCGUCCGUCGUACAUGUCCGAGCAGGUCUUCAGCUCUUCUCUUCCAUAAGGUAAACCGUGCUGCAGCAUCUCCCUUUUCCCAGGAUGCUUCUGGUCGCGGCCUUCGCUCUCCUCGCGGCUUCGGCAGCUUAUCGUGAGCCGCUCUUUCUUCUGCGGCCUUCUCCCUUUCAUGCACUGCUGUUUUGAUGCUCUGCGUGUUUCUUCCAGCCGUUGAGAAUCAGCGCUACUCCUUCAUCCCUCCGGUGGGGGCGCACAGGGGCUCGGCGUACAGCAUCACCGGGGAAGGGAGGAUUACGGCCGUACGGGUUUGGGAGAGAUACUCAAACUACAUCUCAGGCGUCCAGUUCCGCUACGGCUCGGUGCGGUCGGCGGUGGCCGGUCAGCCGUACGGCGCCGCCCUGGAGAUGGCGCUGUUCGACGGCGAGGCCAUCACGCAGCUGUCGGGGAAAUACUCCUACUACCUGCAGUCGCUGGUGUUCGCCACCAACAUGCGGCGCUCGCUGCUGGCCGGGCGGGUCAGCUCGGCGCCCACCGCCAUCGGGACGCACUGGGCCGUGACCGGAAAUGGCACGGCGCCGCCCGGGACGCUCUGGAACGUGUUGGCGUGAAGGGAGGAAGCCGACAUGAAUUACACUGCUGGAAUCACCGUUUCUCCUCCUGGUUUUAACGUUAUGAUGGU